AUGGACAGUAUUAUUCAAGGACAAUCUCGCGGAGCACAGGUUGGCCAAAAAGUUAUCCUUCCAGCUUCGUUUAUUGGGGGUCCAAGAGAUAUGAAAAGACGAUAUGUGGAUGCAAUGGCUAUUGUACAAAAAUUUGGCCGACCAGAUAUAUUUAUUACAAUGACUUGUAACCCUGCCUGGUCAGAAAUAAAAGAAACAAUGUUACGUACAGAUGAAGCUCAUAACCGACCAGAUCUUCUAUCAAGAGUAUUCCAUGCAAAGGUGAACAUUUUAAAGGAAGAUUUAUUCAAAAAACAUAUAUUUGGAGAGGUCGCAGCAUAUACUUAUGUUGUGGAAUUCCAGAAACGCGGACUGCCGCACAUUCAUAUGCUUAUUAUCCUGCAACCGAGAUCAAAAUUAUAUUUCACAGAUUCGUAUGAUCGAAUUGUGGCAGCUGAAAUACCAGAUGAACACGAAAAUAAACAUCUGUUCAAUAUGGUUCGAAAACACAUGAUGCACGGUCCAUGUGGAACAAAAAACCCAAAGAAUGUCUGUAUGCAAGGCUCAUUUAUGAGAAGAUGCAGAAAUAGUUAUCCAAAGAAAUGGGCCAGCAGAACAACUCAUGGAAACAACACUUAUCCAACUUAUAGAAGAAGAAACGAUGGCAAGAAAAUUAUUGUUCGUGGACAAGAGCUGGACAACAGGUGGGUAGUCCCCUACAACCCUUAUUUACUUGCAAAAUUUAAUUGCCACAUUAAUGUUGAAAUAUGCUCUACUGUUAAAGCUGUUAAAUACAUCUAUAAAUAUAUCUACAAAGGACAUGAUAAGAUACAUUUCCAAGUUAACAAUGAUAGUGAACCAACAGCUAAUAACCAACAAACUCAGAUUGAUGAAAUCACAGAAUACCAAUCUGCUAGAUGGGUAUGUCCAGUUGAAGCUAUAUGGCGUAUUUAUAGAUUCUCAUUAUCUGAAAUGUAUCCUGCAGUUAUUCAUCUUCAGCUACACCUUGAGAACUUUCAAUGCAUGACUUUUAAUGAAAAUGAAGACUUACGAGAUCUUCUGCAAAAUUCUUUCAGGAAAAGAAUGAUGCUAACGGAAUUUUUUCACAUGAAUGCUACCGAUCCAUUAGCUAAACAUCUCAAAUGUACAUACAAAGAAUUUCCAGAGUACUUUGUAUGGUAUCCUGGAAAAAAGUAUUGGGCAGUUAGACAACUAAAAGAUAGUAUUGGUAGAAUAGUUAGCGCCAGUCCAACAGAGGGUGAACGUUACUUUCUUAGACUGUUACUUACUCAUGUUAGAGCGCCAAUAUCUUUUGACGACUUGAAGACAAUAAAUGGAGUUCAUGUUGGUACAUAUCGACAGUCAGCUAUCUUGAGAGGUUAUUUUGAAUCAAAUGAUUCACAAGAACAAUGUAUGGAAGAAGCUGCUUCAUAUCAUAUGCCACACAGUCUACGCAGAUUAUUCGCAACUUUAUUGGUUUAUUUCCCACCAGCAAGUCCUCUUAUUUUAUGGAGCAAAUUUGAACAGGCAAUGUCUGAAGACUACAAUAGAAUGUAUACUUUACCUGCUGAACAGGUUAGACUUAAAGUACUACACCAGAUCAGCAACUUUUUAGAUUCAAUGGGAAAAGACAUCAACAGCUUUUGCUUAGUGUCUACAACAUUAAGGUUCCGAGAUAGAUACACAAAUACAAGAGAUACCUCAAGUGAGCUAAAUAUUCAGGUAUCAGAAACAGAUUUAUUAGCCGCUACACAGCUCAAUACAGAACAAAAAGCUGCUUUUGAUCACAUAAUGGAUGCUAUAUUUAUUAAACAAAAAGGAUGCUUUUUUAUUGAUGGACCUGGAGGCACAGGAAAAACAUUUCUAUACAAAGCUUUGCUAGCUACCAUAAGAUCAAGAGGUUAUGUAGCCCUUGCAACUGCAUCAUGUGGAGUUGCAGCAUCUAUCUUACCCGGAGGACGAACAACGCACUCGCGCUUCAAAAUCCCUAUAGACAUGAAUCCAACUAAUAUGUGUAAAGUUAGCAAACAAAGUGCUUCGGCAAAUUUACUUUGCCAAGCAAAAUUAAUUCUUUGGGACGAAGCACCAAUGACUCAUCGACAUGGAAUUGAAGGAGUUGACAAACUUCUAAAAGACCUGAUGAAUUCUACAGAACUAUUUGGAGGAAAAGUUAUCGUGUUUGGGGGCGAUUUCAGACAAGUCUUACCCGUAGUCACAAAAGGAAUCAAAACAGAUUUCAUCGAAGCAAGUAUCAUUAGUUCCUAUAUUUGGCCACAACUCACAAAACUACAUCUCAGCCAAAAUAUGAGAGCCAUAAGUGAUCCAGAGUUUACUGCUUAUCUCCUUCGAAUUGGAAAUGGAACAGAGCCACUGAUUGAUGAUAUCAACAUUCGCGUGCCAGACAAUCUCCUCAUUCCCUACACUAACGAAGAUGAGUCCAUCAACAUACUCAUAAACUCUGUUUUUCCAGAUCUUACAACUUUUAGUAAUCAAAAUUUUUCUUUGGUAAACAGAGCAAUACUUACAACGAAAAACGAAUUUGUUGAUGAACUAAAUAGCAUUCUUAUAAAAAACUUUCCUGGAGAAGCACAUGAAUAUAUAAGCCGCGAUAAAUCCAUUAUAGAAUCAGAACAGGCAGUCUUAGAAGAUUUCCUUAACAGUUUAACUCCAAAUGGUUUCCCACCUCAUAAAAUUAUCCUAAAACCAAAUACACCAAUAAUUCUACUAAGAAAUAUUGAUCCUCCGGAAGGUCUUUGCAAUGGUACCAGGCUUAUAUGUAAAUCUUUAACACAAAAUGUUAUACAUGCUAUUAUUAGUUGUGGUGAAUUUAUUGGUAAAGAUGUGUUUCUUCACAGAAUUUGUUUUCGAAUAGAUAAUGAUGCUGAUUGCCCUGUUCCUUUUGAAAGAAUUCAAUUUCCUAUUCGUUUAUGCUUCGCAAUGACCAUUAACAAAGCUCAGGGUCAGACUUUAGAUUAUGUUGGAUUAUACUUACGCGAGCCAGUCUUUUCUCAUGGACAAUUUUAUGUAGCACUGUCUAGAGCUAAAAAUAGUACAUCUAUUAAGAUACUGAUUAGACCUCCCACCUCUAAUACUAAAUCAUACAAUGCCACACAAAAUAUAACAAGCAUCAUUGAAAGAAUUCCUGUUUCACUCAUGGAAAGGAAAAUCAGCAAGGUCAAUGAAAUUGUGCCUAAUACGCAGCACUGGACAGCUAUAGUUGAAGUGUUUGACAAACAAAAAGUUCAGAUAUCAAAGGCUGGAAACAAAUACAAAAAAUUGGUUCUGGUUGAUGACGAGGGAAACAAAGUGGAUGCUAUCAUGUGCAAAUCUGAUAUAGAAUUCUUCAAAGAUCAUUUCCAGCUUUACAAAAGAUACAUGGUAUCAAAUGCACGAGUGGAGCGAACACAAGUAGAAUUUCGAACUCAUGAGAAUCAAUGUAACUGGAUAAUCGACAACUCCACUGUUGUUGAGGCUAUACAAGAAGCAAAUCCUCCGCAGCUUCCUCUGACAAUCAACUUCAUUCCUUUCAAGAAAUUCCAUCAAUAUAUAGAUGAUAACACAGAAAUAGGUGUUGUCAGUGAAGUUCAUCUUCGUACCUACAAAGGAACAACACCAAAGAGAGAGAUCGUACUCAUCGAUCAAAGAUGCUUCAAAUCUGUACGUUCUAUUCCACAGUGGCCAAUUGUCUGUGUAUCUUGCAACACGAACGUCCGAGUCACUCCAAGAUGUCGAUUAACUGUGCAAUUGGAAGAUUACACCGGAAACAUGACUUUGGAUAUCUAUGGAAAUGAUGCUUCCCAAUUGCUUCCUUUUACAAUACAAGAGAUUCAACAACAAGAGCAGCAGAACGCACUUAAUUAUGAAGCAAUAGAAGAGAAUAUAAGCAGCAAUAUAAUAAUUUGCUUCGUCAAGAAGAUUGCUACAAACUAUGCCACUGCUUCAAAUUAUGCUCCACUAACCAACGCCAAAUACUCAGCCAUUAUGGUACACAAACUUCCCAACAUGACCAGCACUUCACAGAGCAGCUCCAGCGGCCUUAGUGGAGAAAAAAACACAACAAGAAUGCUCAUCGACUCUCCACCACACCCAGAAACAACCGAAGUUGCACAUACACCAGAAUCUUCAACAAAUAUAGACAGCAAUCUCCUGACCGCACUCAAACUGACAGAGAGCCCCAUCAAAAAACAACGAACCGACAACUACAACAAUUAG